AUCACCAUUCAAUCAUUCUGUGCGCCACAAUGUUAAUAUUCCAAUAUGGAAUGGGAAAUGCUUUCCUUUAUCAGAUCUUUGAAAAGCAUGGUUCGGUCUUCAAAUACAGUUGCUCUUAUAACCUUUCCACCAUCCCUUGUUUCACCAUCCAUUGCAAAGAGAUGGCAGCAUUUGGCUGACACCUUACUAUCCGUCAGAGCAAUUCCAGAUGAGGACAAGGAGUUCGCAAACCUUCUCACUGGUUAUCAGGACAUGGUUGGCCUUCUCAAUGUGCACAAAGUGGCCCGUCUUAACACCCAGUUGGUUGAUUCAAACUUAUCCACAGGUUCCAGUUAUUCUGGAGGCAACAACAAUCUCAAUGAAGCUGAAAAAGCGGAGGCCAUUGGUUUUAGAAUGUCUAAAUCAAGCCCCCAUAGAUAA